AUCGGAUUGUAUCGUCUUCACAAUCUCUCAAUGGAAGACCGUCAUUGAAAGUAAACAGUCGUUCGUAGAAAUGGGCGACACGUCACCUUCAAACCUCUACUCACUCCCAAAUGAGAUCUUCGUCCAAAUCCUCUCCCCCUUGCCCACCAGCUCCCUUCUCAGCCUAGCACCCGUAUCUUGCCGAUUCCACGCCUUGGUCCUCCGCAUCCUGCACCACCGUCUCCGCAUUGCUGCAUCACUACAAGACUACCAGCUCAUGCUGGAAUGCUUCCAUCCCAGCUCGAAACUGACUGAGCCGAACGUCUUCUGCUCCUACCUCGGGACAGAGGGGUUGAGCGACGACGAUCGAUACGAGGAGCCGACGCAAAAACAGAAGAGGCUUGGCUCGUUGUAUUCGCGGUUUCGACCAGAGCGAACGGCGGACCAGGAAGAGGAUGAGAGACGGUCAGGGCUCAGGGCAAGAAGACUGGGUAGUACGGGUAUGCUUGUUUUCGACGGCGUUGCUGGGUUUCUUAAUAGGACUAACCAUCAUACUCGUCGAGGGGGAGAAGACGAAGGGGAAGACAGUGAUGAGAGGCUAGGUCGUGAGGAAAAAGAUUCUUCGUUGGUUGCGAAGCGGACUGUUGAUCUGGAUGGACACGAGCAUUUCUCGCAGUUAUGCGUUAUUGUGCAUCUGGUCAAGGUCAGGCCGGGGAGCAGCUUGGUCUUGAGUGCGGUGACCAUUAAAGAUGGCACUAUCAGACUGUGGAGGGAUUGGUUAAGCAAUUCAAUACAGGCGAAUACUGGUCCAGAGGGCGGUUCUAACGAUCAGAGAAUGCUCUGGGUCGACCAGGAGAAGAACGUGGGCCUUCAAAUACGCGUCAGAGAGAAGAAAUGGAAUCAGGACUUCCUCCCUAUCCUUAUUCACCGUGAGGAGGAGCCUGUCAGCUACGAGGUGGAACUAGAAGAAUUACACAUCCGGACAACUCAUCUAUUGCUGGCUGUUGAAAAGUCAGUUGAGGAACAGCAUAAUCCCUCCCAAGCAGUGAUUUUCGGGGCUUAUUAUAGAUGAUAUGAUGUAAAUAUAGAUAAAUCUACACUGCCGGGCUACUAUAUAGUUCCAAAGCCGUUAGACCUGGCCUUCCAAUUCCAUGGUCCAUCAGACGUAUG